CGUCUGUGUGUGUUGUGCGUGUCGUGGCGAGAGAAAGAGAGAGAGAGAGAGAGUGAGAGAGGGUCCCGUCGCCUCUCGCUGGAAUACAUCCGGCGGCCACGUACCCGGCGAUCCCGCGGACUUGACGCGCGUCGGAAAGGAAUCGGAGCGGAGAGUCGCGUCCCGCGUUGCGUUGCGUUGCGUCGCGUCGCGGUUGACCGUCGUCGAGCGAGUGCGACGAGCGACGGUCAGCGACGACGACGUCGGUCGGCGACGUUCGCGUCGCUCGCAAUCACGGUCGCGCGAGUGCGACGACGCGCGAGCCGUCGGUGUGCGUCGUCCCGAGUGCCCUGAGAGCGAGAUAGAAGAGGACGUUCGGCGCGAGUGUGGGAAUCCUCGUCGCUCCCAGCCACAAUGAACUUCCGCGCUGUUGUGCGUGACGCGGCCCCUCGCUGAGGAGACGGAGGCGCACGUGUGAGACGACGCGCCGCUCUCCCCCGGGGCCGCGAGUCGUCGGAAAGGGCGCGCGCGCCGCCGACUCGCAUGCUCGAGGAGAAAGGUACGGGCAGCGGGAGGCGAGCGGGGACGAUAAUAGCCGGGAUACCAUGUGAAUGAUACGGAGAACGCGCAGGGCCCGACGCUUGCACGUACUCGAGGGGGGGGGAUUCGCGCGUGGUCCGCGACAACGGCGAUUACGACGUCAACGACGACCACGGCGGCGAUCGUCUCGGCCGUCAUCCCGACGAUGUCCUCGGGCAGGGGCCCGGCGUCGCCCUCGGGCGGGCCCGUGAUCCGCUGCGGCCACCUCAAGAAGCUCAAGACGAUGAAGAAGAAGUACUUCGUGCUGCGCGGCGAGGGGCCCGGCUGCUUCGCCUGCCUCGAGUAUUACGACAGCAAGAAGAAAUUCGAGAACAGGCAGCCGCCGAAGCGCAGCAUACUGCUGCACAGCUGCUUCAACAUCAACAAGCGCGGCGACACCAAGCACAAGCACGUGAUCGCGCUCUACACCAAGGACGAGUGCUUCUGCCUGAUCCUCGACAGCGAGAAGGAGCUGGACGAGUGGCUCAAGGCGAUGCUGAGGCUGCAGAGCGGGGACGUGCCCGACGGGGAGCAGCCGCGGCCUACAUUCGAACACGUGUGGCAAGUUACAAUGCAAAAACGAGGUCUGGGGGCACGGAAAAACAUUCACGGACCCUACAGAUUAUGCCUCACCGAUCAAACUUUAAGUUUAGUGAAGAUCGGGGCGCAGGAUAACUCCGAUUCCAUCGAGAUUUCUCUAAAUUACAUUAGACGAUGUGGAUUCGCGAACGAUAUAUUCUACAUAGAAGUCGGCCGGUCCGCCGUGACGGGGGACGGCGAAUUUUGGAUGGCGGUCGAGGACAACAACAUCGCGCUCAACAUGUACGAUGUGAUAACGACCGCGAUGAGGAAUUCGAAGAGUAACAAGGACGAGGUGGGGCCUCGGCAGAGAACGCGCAGCUCCUCCGCCAACGAAGCCAGCAAACCUAUAUCCGUUCUCCAAAGACGGCACACGGGUCAAAAGCUUCAUGGCUUUUCGCCUCUGGAGGAACAGAAGACACACAAGGAGCAAGUGGAGCCGCUGCAAGAGCAGACUGCUACUUCCUCUGUUCUCACACAGUGUAGUCAAUCUCGGACUACCUCUUCCACCAAUACAGUCACGGCCGUUGCUGGUACCGGGGCUUGGACUACUGGGAUUGCCACGACUAAUGCCAACAGUGCCGGUACCGCUAGACGUCGUCAUUCGGUAGCGAGUCAUCCUCAUUCCGUCAAUAAUUCCCAAUCCAUUCAUGUCACAACAGCAACAAAUGCACCUAUGACCACCGUCACUGUCACUACCACCACCAUCACUGCAACCACCACUACCAUCACCACCACCAUUACUGCGACCGUCACCGCGACGAUCACUACGACCACUACCGCGACAAUAUCCCAUCAGAGAACCUUGUCGCUGCCCUUAGCUGCCGUUAUUAUCAAUCAAACGCAACCAUCUAAAAGAUCCGUUUUACGGUGUGCCACCGGGCGCGAUCGAUGUGACAGUUUGCCGUCGAGGGCUCGUACCACCAGCGAGGGACAACCGGCCACUGUCGUGUUGAGCCAUCCUAGAGGUGCCCAUAUCAUAUCGCACGUACCGCGACCGCAUUCCAUGUGUGGACGAGGCCUGUCGUAUUCUCCACCAGUCGCGUCGAUGCCUAUUAGUCCGUCUUCCGAUGUCUGCUCGUCGGAUUCGGCCGGCUCGUCACCCUCGAUGGACGAUUGCGGUGAGAAUAUUAUGGAAGAAGGCACUAUCUCGAGGUACGGGCAUUCCUUGACACCCGACGAGCCCGUAAUCUUAGAUAAGAAAGGCGACGACUACGCCCUGUGGUCGACGUCGCAUCCGCAUCUGAAAUACUCGCCAAACUUUAAAUCUCAUUCGCCCUCUCAGAGUUCCUACCAGAGUGAAAUGUACAGCCCCUGCGGUUCGAGUCCGGGCCGCGGCGGUGCAUACAUACCCAUGAGCCCGGCAACGACGGCGCACUCGCAUUCCCGCGGAUCAUCCCUCGUAGAAGAAAGCAACGUGGACGGCUAUGUACCGAUGGCACCGGUCGGAGAUGACGGUUACGUCGAUAUGGAUCCUGUAAAUAGUCACAACGGUCACUUUCCGGACGAUAUAUCGCAGAACGACGGCAGUAGCUGUUCUGUCACAUCCGGCACGCCUAGUACGGACCUGCGGUUUUCCGAGUACCACUUGGACAAGGUAACCAGCUUUUUAACACCCGGGGAAGAUAUGCAAGCGAGACCGACCAGGGCUUACUCCGUUGGAUCCAGGCCGGAACAAGCCAACAGGCAUCGUAAAAAUAGGUUGGAUAUCACUCCGCAAGACGCCAAUAGAGUACGAGCAUUUUCCGUAGGUAGUCGGUCUAAGAGGCCCGAGAUCGGAAGGUUAGCCAAUGUAAUUACCGCGCCGUUACCUUCUGGCUCGGACACCUCGAAUUCGAAGUCGAGCUCCGCGCCGUUGUUGUCGAGCUCUUGGGGACACAACUCGGGUUGCUCCGGAGCGUCCGAUCGCAUGGAGGAUCUCAUGGAAUUGGAUUUCACGAGGCCCAGUAUUCCGACCGCUCUCUCCUCGCCUCCGUCAUCCUGCUCCCAGCCUCAGUCGCAACCGCAACCGUACUCUACUUAUUCUACUGCCACCGACACUAGUUCCUACGUCGACAUGUCGCCCGGACAAGCUCCCAUAUCGACCACUGCCCCAUACGUCGAUAUGAGUGGCAUAAAUAAGAUCAACCGCAAUAACAAUAAUAAUACAAUCACUGCCAACCACAAUCAUAGCCACAUGCAUAUAUCAUCGCUAACUUUCGCCCAUAAACCUGUAAUUACAACUUUAAAGCCGGUAGAAGAAGCGGAGGGACCUUACAUGAAGAUGGACGGUACGAUAGAGGAUUGGACGCAUUCGGAGUCGAGCCCGCAACAAGUGUCGUCACCUAUUCAAGAGGAUACCUAUCAAACAAAUGGGCCGCCAGGUAGCACAAGAACGGCGCCGGUAGAUCUUCCACAACCGAGGCGUCCUCCGGAAGGGUAUGUCGAGAUGUCUUUUAAAACGCGGUUUAACCCGAAUUUAGAGCAAGACUACAUAAAUAUGAGUAUGGGCGGAAACAACCGAAACAAUCGUAAAACACGGACGGGCAGUCGCAAGGAGAAAUCGCGAUCGCAACCAAUCGCGAUUCAGGCGAACAGUAAGCCGUCUAAAACUCCAAACUUCCUACCUUUGAACGGAAGCCCGACAUCUGAGAGUCUGGCGAGCACGCCCGCCUCACCGCCGCGAGCAACGCCAACUGGUUCGUCGGCCACGAUCUUUCCCUUUUCCCUGAACAGCCCUCAGUCGCCCGUGAAGCCUUUCACGAAGAAAAACGAUGAGUUCUCCACGACAGACAUUUCCAACCAAAAUAAGAACAAUGAAUACGCGGUGAUGGAACCCGCGAAGAGGGUUUGUACGUCGUGUUCUACCCCAUUGACGGAGACAAUGUUCUCGUCGAAGGCGAAUAACGAGAAGCCACCUAGUCCCAUUAGGGGUAAGCCCAUUAACAUAAUAACGAAAAAACUCUCGGAUCUAACGGUGUCGAAACCACGUCUCGUCACGGCCUCGCCAAACACCAGUCCCACCCUGACGGGUUUCAAGCCGUCGACCGUGCAACAGCCGAAGCCAUCCUCGCCAAAGUUCAUCGACGAGACUCCCACGCUUACGCCCACAUCUACCCCCACACCUACGCCAAGUCCGUUGGACAGCGAGGGUUACGAAAAGCUCCAGCCGGGCGCGACAAUACUGCAUUACGCUAGUCUCGAUCUGCCGGAGAUCGAUAAUCCAGCGCCAGUGUCGCCGGCGUCCACACAGGAGAAUUUCACCUACGCCGAGAUCGACUUUGCGAAACUCAAGCAGACCUAAAAUAUGUGCUGUCCUGAAUGCGCAUAUUUUGCCGUCCCCGCGCCACACACAAGGCCGUGCGUGACGGGGUGGCUUGGCUGACGCCUCUUGUGUUCCCCACGAUAGCAACGAGUAGGCAGGGUAUAAUCGAUCGUUCUGACAUUGGCUCGGCUGGUCUAACGAACAGGGCGCCGGGUAGGAACUGUAUAUAUAAUUCAUUUCUUUUUCUCUCCAGCCUAAUGGCAUUAUACCGCUCGCCGAUCUUUCUAGUGUACGGAUUGGCAGCCUAUUUUAAAUCGUUUGAAAAAUAAGCAUCGUUGGUACCUAUAGUUCUGGUUGUACUGCAUUAAUAUCGUAUUUUAUCGGAAUGAUGUGAAAUUUUUUAACAUAGGCGAGAUAUACUUUUUGUCGCUGAUUCCGAAGAGAGUCCUCAAAUCUGUCCACAUAUAUGCUAUUUCUAAUAUUAAACGGUCUGUGAGUUUUAACCGAAAGGAGCAGAGUACGAAAAUGUUAUCUUUUAUUUGCUAGGUCGUCCGAGAAGUUCGUGUGAGUUUCGAGAUGUCUCUAUGAGCGUUGCGUAAGCUAUUUUAAAGUUAAAAAAUAUACAACAUUUAUAUAUUGUUUGACAAUUCAACGUGUCAUACAGUAAAGGUAUAAAGUAAAUGUUUGGUUGAGCUCAGUUGAGUUUGUGUUAGCUGUUAUUGAGUUGUAAUGAUGAAAGGUAAAAAGGUCCACUUUCAGCACGCCAUGUUUUUUAAUGCAGAAGAGGGGAAAAACGCAGAGCAGACAACGAGAAAAAUUUGUAAAGUGUAUGGAGAUGCUUUAUCAACCGUUUGGAAAUGGUUCGCUGGGUUUAAAGUGGCUAAUUUUAACGUCGCGAGAUGCAGAGCACUCUGGAAGACAUUCGGCUGCAGAUGAUAAUUAAAUCAAGGUAUAGAUCGAAAAUAACUCACAAAAUGCAAAUACGUAAAUACGUUGUUGAAGUUUUCACUUAGUAUUAAAAAAUUGUCAUUUUUACAAAAAAAGAACCCGAUACGAGCUCGGACGACCGAAUAGUUAAAUAAUAUAUUUGUAUAAUUGGUCACAGUAGAAGGAAUUUCUUGAUAUUAGAUAUAUCACCUAGUUGAAUGAGAAUUGCUUGUAAAAAUGUAUAAACCUUUUAAAUUUUAAUUUUGUUAGUGGAUUUGUGUGUUAUCUCUUUCAAAAUUUAGUUUGUUUUGUAUUAUAUUUCCAGAUGCUGACAAGCCAAAUAUGUAUAAGUCAAUUCUUUUUGCGAGAUAUUUAUAUAUAUACAUAUAUGUGUGUGUGCCUAUACAUAUGUAUAUAUAUAUAUUCAUUUGGUGUGUGUAUAUACGUAUAUAUAUGUAUGUGUAUGUAUAUGCAUAUGUACAUACCAAAUUUAACUUGUAUAUUUAUAGUAAUCUCCUAAUAGAUGUGACGAUGAAAUUUAUUUAUAUCGAUUGUUUUGGAGCUGCGCUCGUAAAUAAUAUAAAUUCUAUUACUUUCAGUAUAAAUUUUAACGAUGUACCUUUUUAUUUGCGCAUUGUAAAUUCUAUUGAAUUUGAUUCUUCUGAAAAAUCCGUAACAUCAUUGUUCUGUACAGAGAAUAGCAUGUUACUCUAUCUACAUGUUCGCUUACGCUUAUGUUUUGUAACAACCAAAUUGUCGGAUUCGAGUAUAUUCGUGCAUUGUUUUUAAUUUUUUUUAAAGAAAGUAAUAUACAUACAUGUAUAGAUACUUGCGCGAUAUUGUGUGACAUGAGAUAUCGGCUUCUAUUUUAAAUGUUUUAUCUUUUCCCGAAAUCUUUGGACAUUCAAUGAGACCUUAAAUAACGGAAUCUGCGAAGUCUUAGACGUAAGAGAAAAUGUGAGGUUUAUGGAUUUGCAAUUUUUAUAACUCGAAAAAAAAA